AUGGAACAGGCCUCGAACGCCGGUGACGCUCGAAAACUCUAUCAUCUUCUCCGCCAAGUUAGUAGUAAGCCCUCUACAUUGGGUGACUAUGUUCGCGACGUGAACGGCGGCUUUGCUGCUGACAACUCGGCCAAAGUCGAGCGCUGGCGUGAGCACUUCGAGCACCAUCCCAACUGCGAUACCCAACCUACCUCGCUCUCUUCUGCAGCGGAGUUUCCUCCUCCAACCUAG